AUGGCUUCUACAAAUCAAGAAGUGAGGCUAUUAGGAAAAUGGGCAAGUCCAUUUAGCAACAGAAUAGAUCUUGCUUUGAAACUCAAAGGUGUUCCAUACAAAUACUCUGAGGAAGAUUUACCUAAUAAAAGUGAAGAUCUUCUCAAAUACAAUCCUGUUUACAAGAAGGUGCCUGUUCUUGUUCACAAUGGAAAUCCAAUUGCUGAGUCUCUUAUCAUUCUUGAAUAUAUUGAUGAGACAUGGACAAAUAAUUCUCUUUUGUCUCAAGAUCCUUAUGAGAGAGCUUUGGCUCGUUUUUGGGCUAACACUCUAGAUGACAAGAUCUUGCCCGCGUUAUGGAAUGCCUGCCGGGGUGAUGAAAAGGGAAGUAACAAAGCUGUGGAAGAAGCCUCAGAAGCUCUAAAGCUACUAGAAGAUGAAAUAAAAGAAAAGAGAUUCUUUGGUGGAGAAACCCUAGGACUUGUUGAUAUUGCUGCAAGUUUCAUUGGUUAUUGGGUUGAUAUAUUACAAGAAAUUGCAGGAUUGAAGUUACUUACAAUUGAGAAAUUUCCAAAGGUAUUUAAAUGGAGUCAAGAAUUUAUCAAUCACCCUGUUAUCAAAGAAGGGUUGCCUCCAAGAGAUGAACUAUUUGCUUUUUUCAAUGCUUCUGCUCCAAAAUAG